AUGGCAGACAAAGUUCUAGCUGCUAAAGAACUGGAAGUAGAUUCUAGUUCUGGAACUGAGUCAAACGCCAAGGAUGGGAUUGUUGGCGUUGAUGAGGAUACCACUGUAGAUGAUGCUGAUAAUCUAUCUGCAAUGGGACGAGGAAAAGAGAAAGACAAGAGUCAUAACAUACCUUGUGAAAUUGAUACUGAAUCAACCACUGGUACUGUGGUAGAAAAGAUGGCAAAGUUUUUGAGAGAGAGCAGGAUAGCUAAAGCUAUGUCUAAUAAAACUGUGAUUUAUGAAUCACAUGUUAGAACAUUCUGGAACACUGCUAGAUAUGAAGAUUCAGACAAGAUGAUACAUGCAGUAUUGAGAAAGAAGGAUCAAGCUGGAAAGGAUGUAGAUGUGGAAUUUAAGUUUGAUGUAGGAGAUGUGAUGAGAGUUCUAGACUUACAAGAUUCUGACAAUGAUCCAACGGUCAUGUCAGAACGUCUUGUAAAAGGUUUGUGGUGUAGAAUGGGUUUUACAGGGUACAUAAAUGGAAAGAUGUACAAAAGAAGUUUCUCCAAAGCAUAUCGUUAUUUAAUGCAUCGUAUGAUACACUCAAUGGGUCAUAGAAAGGGAGCAUAUGAUGAGGUUGCUGAUUACAUCAUGAAUAUGAUAACAAGCUUGGUGUUAAGCAGAAGGUACAAUAUUUCACAAGUAAUUUUUGAGUACAUGAAGGAGAAUUGCGAAGCUGGAGCAGAUAAGUACAUCAUGUAUCCUAGAUUCAUCAUGAUGAUUCUAAAUGACAAAAUCAAAGAUCUUCCAAAGGAUUGUGAGGAUGUGAUGGAGAUGAGCGUUGUAAAUAAAGUCACAAUUGGAAGAAUUACAAAAGAUAAGGAUGAGAAGACCAAGCAGAUGAUUUGCAGGAUAAAAGAUAAAGCAUAUGUUGCUCCUGAAAACAAUAAAUGGAGGCAUGACGAUAGUAACUCAGACAAUGAAGAUUCAAAGAUGAAUGAGAUGGUUGAGAAAAAGACUAGGUGGUGGCAUAUUAGAGAUGGAAAAAGAAAAAGGACACCUAAGUCAUCUCCUGCGGUUGUUAUUCCUAAAGAAGGAGAAAAGGGGUCUUCUGGAGAGCCACAACAGAAGUUAAUUGAUGAGACAGUUCUAGAGCCAUCUAUGGUGAUUGAACAAGGUGCUGAUUUAUUAAAGCAAUCUUUGGAAAGCUAUUUGAAAAAGAAUGAAGAAAUUGCAGCACAACAAGCUCAAGGAACAAGUGUUCAUACUGAAAAGGUUACAAGGGUUGAACAAGAAACAAAAGAUCAAAGUGGAUCAAGUGAUGGAGAUUCUGAAGUUACUCAAUCUGAGUCCGAACUAAUUCCUGAAACUCUUGGUAGAGGAAAAGCUCAGUUGAAGAAAAGACCCUCAAAGAAACAAAAGGGAUCAGAUGAAGAAGAUUCUCCUUAUGGUCCUGAAAAGUCAAAGAGACAAAGAAAGAAACGAAAGGCAGCUCCAGUUGGUAUAAUUCCCAGAAAUGUCAGAUCAAAGAAAUCAGGAGCUGAGACACAAAAAGAUAAAGAAGGGAAGAAAACAGAUGAUGAAGUAGAGAUCACUGGAUUCAGAGCUGCUAGUCCAAAACCUGCUCAACAAGAUAUUCCUCAGUCAUCACAUCAGAAAGUAGAAGAUUUUAACUUUGAUUUUGAUAAUAUUGGUCCGGUUACUGGUAUUUUCUCUGAAGAUAUGCCUGAAGGUGAAAGUGAUAUGUUCAAUGAUCAGGCGGUUAAAGAACUGAUUAAGAAAGUUAAAGAACUGGAGAAAGAGAAAGCAAAAGCUGAGGAAGAAAUGAUAUGCUGA